AUGCAUUACAUUAGAGAUGUACCAAAUGGGGAGAAUUAUGAUAGAAAGUGGUUGGUUUAUUCAGUUUCUUUGGAUAAAGUAUUUUGUUUCUGCUGUAAAAAAUUUGCAAAGAAGUAUCUUGUGGGCCUUUUAGUUGAUGAAGGUAUCAAUGAUUGGCAUAAUAUUUCUGAUCGAUUUAAAAGCCAUGAACUAAGUAAACAACACAUUGAGUCUGUUGCUAGUUUGGUAGAAUUAGAAAAACGAUUGAAACUGAAGUUAACUAUUGAUGCUAGUUUACAAGAACAAGUUAAUCAAGAGAAAAAACAUUGGAAACAAGUAUUAGAGAGAAUCCUUGCUAUUGUGAAAAGACUUGGGAAAAAUAAUUUGGCAUUUCGAGGAGAUUGUGAAAAACUAUAUGAGAAUAACAAUGGGAUUUUCUUACAAAUGAUAGAAUUACUUGCUGAAUUUGAUUUUACUAUGCAAGAACAUGUUCAUCGUAUUUUAAAAGCUUCUACAAAGAGAUGGAAAGUUUUUAUAGAUCAUGUACCUGGUCUCACUGUUAAGACAUUAUCAGGAUCGCGUUGGGAAAUUCGUGUUGAGAGUGUUAAAGCAAUAAGAUUUCAAGCUCCAGAAAUUAAAGAAGCUUUGAAUUACUUAAAAAAUAGCAAGGAAGAUGCCAAAACAAAGAGUGAUGAUGAGACUUUAUCAAUGUAUAAUAUUCUGAAUUUUGAAUUCUUGUUGGACAUGGUUAUUUGGUAUGACUUGUUGUGUGUUGUUAAUAAUGCUAGAAAAAUUCUUCAAAGUAAAGAUAUGGUUGCUAUCAAAGAGUUAAAAUUUUUACUUUCAUUUCUUCAAAAGUAUAGAGAAAUUGGUUUUGAGGAGGCUAUGAUUGAAGCUACUAAGAUUGCAAGUAAGAUGGAAGUUGAACCUGUGUCUAUGGAAAAAUGA